AGAACAUCACCAACGUAGUCACCGGCUCCGGAGAUGGCUUGCGCAACGAGUCUCUCGAUGGCUUACAAAGCAACAAACAGCGAAAGAUCAUGGACGUGGUCGACCGGCUCCGCCGCAACGGGCUCAGCACAAUCCUCCAGCUCCCCCAACUCGUCGUCUGCGGCGACCAGUCCAGCGGGAAGAGCUCGGUCCUCGAAGCGGUCACCGGCAUCGACUUCCCCCGCAAGGAGAACCUCUGAACCCAGUUCGCCACCGAGAUCGUGAUGCGGCGGGCGAGCGCCGAGUCGAUCACCACGAAGAUCAUCCCCGACAAGAACCGCUCGACGGACGAGCAGGAUCGACUGAAGCGGUUCGAGCUCUCCAUCAGUAACUUCUCCGAGCUGCCGGAGCUGAUCCACGAGGCGACCGUCGCGAUGGGGCUGCUCGACGAGGACGGGGCGAACAAGCAAGCGUUCGCGCGCGACGUGCUCAGCAUCGAGAUCAGCGGACCGGGAUAUCCCCAGCUGACGCUCGUCGACCUCCCGGGGCUCAUCCACUCCGGCAACAAAUCGCAGAGCGAAACGGAUGUCCAAUUGAUCCACGACCUCGUCGACGAAUACAUCGCCAACCCACGCACGAUCAUUCUAGCCGUCAUUUCCGCCGAGAACGACUAUGCGGGCCAGAUCAUCCUCAAGAAAGCGCGCCUGGUGGACCCGAAGGGCAGCCACACGCUGGGGAUCAUCACGAAGCCUGGCUUUCUUCGCGCGGGAUCGGACAACGAGCGGGCGUGGCUGGACCUGGCAGCGAAUAAGGAUAUCUACUUCGGGCUCGGGCGGCACAUGGUGAAGAACCGCGCCGACAGAGAGGUCAUGACGCUCCGGGAACGGAAUGAGGUCGAGAUGAACUUUUUCAGCAAAGGAGCGUAUAAGGACCUGCCUCGCGACCAGUUGGGCAUCGACUCACUCUAUAUCCGGCUGAGCAACCUGCUCGUUCGCCACCUCGAACGCGAGCUCCCGUCGUUGAAGAGGGAACUAGAUCAGAUGUUGGCCGAUGUGCAGCAGAAGCUCAAGGAGGCGGGCGUCAAGCGCACCACGCCUGGAGAGCAACGUCAGUUCCUCACGGCGGUGGGCGCGGAGGCGAGCGAGAUUCUGAAGUGCGGCGUGCAAGGCCAAUACGAGCAUCCGUUCUUCCCGACCAUCGCGACCGACAAGCCGGUGGACGCGCAAGACAAUCAUACGCGGCUGCGAGCGCUGGUGCAAUUCCUGAACCAUGAUUUUGCACGGCGGAUGCACGAAUACGGACAUAAAUACGCAGUUGAACCAAAAGACAGGAAAGAUGCGGACAAGAAAGACGAGCAGAAAUCGGAUUACUUAGGCUUGAACCCGAAGGUCAUGGACUGGGAAGAAGGGACACGUUGGGUCCUAAAUAUCCUUCGGGAACUUCAACCCCUUGAUCAUCAACCAACUAUUCUAGGAGAUAUCGACGCCAUGGGAAGGAUCGCGAUGGCCCACGUCGAGAAUGUGGCUAAGGCGUGCGCUCAGUUCACGCACGGUACGAUUAGUACGACAGUCCCCGAAGAUGUCGCCAGUAAGAUCUGGUCACUCAAGGUCGAUCCGAGGCUCCGUAAGCAGUCGCACAGCGCCAAGGACGAGUUGCGCCGGGUGCUGAAGGAUAAUCGCGGGCAUUUGAUCUCGUACAAUCCGUAGUACGUGUCCGAAGUGCAGAUGCGGAAGACGGACAAAUGGCAUAGCGACAUGAUGGAGAGCGUCAACAGCACGGUGCAAAACUUCGAGAUCGGCGACGACGAGCAGUGCCUGCAGUGGACGCGAAAACGCCUCGUGGACCCCGUCCAGCUCAAAAAGAAGCUGCGCGAGAAUCGCAACAACGUGAACAUGGACCAGUACGCGGCGGAGGAAGCGCUCGAUUGCGAGAUCGCGUACUACCAGGACGAGAUCAAGUACUUCAUCAGCGCGGUCACGAAGCAAGUAGUCGAGCGGCACCUCGUGGCGCCCCUCCCGCGCGACCUGUUCUCCGCCGUCGUGGUCGCCGGCUUGUCGGACGACGAGCUGGAGUACAUCGCGGGCGAGCCGUUCGAGAUGACGCAGAUGCGGAAUCAUCUGGAAGGCAGGCGGCGCCUGUUGGAGGAAGGGGAGAGAACGUUUCGGAUGGCGAUGGGAAGUCCGCGGUGAAGAGUCGAG